AUGGAUAGGGAAGGCCAUCUACCUCCCAAGCCCUGCCCACCUAAUUUGAUUUUGAUAAAUCAUGGAGUGAGCUCUUCAUUGGUGGACAAAGUGAAGUCAGAGACUCAAGAAUUCUUCAAACUACCAUUAGAGGAAAGGAAAAGUUUGGGCAGGAAGCAGGAGACACAGGGAUUUGGACAGGACUUUGUUGUCUCAGAGGAGCAGAAGCUUGAUUGGGCUGACCGCUUCUAUAUGAUCACUCUUCCAACAAGUUUCAGGAAACCCCACUUAUUCCCCAAGCUCCCUCUUCCAUUCAGAGAUUCCAUAGAAGCAUACUCAACAGAACUACAAAACCUUGCCAUGAAGGUCCUUAACCUUAUGGUAAAAGCUUUAGAAGUGGAAGCUGAUGAUAUGAGGGUGCUAUUCGAAGGAGGUCAGACCAUGACGAUGAAUUACUAUCCUCCAUGUCCUCAACCAGAGCAGGUCAUCGGACUGACCCCUUAUUCUGACGGGGGUGGCCCUCACCAUCCUCCUUCAAGUCAAUGA